UGCUGAGGUUUGAUUUCUAAUGUACUGUUCACAUCGAUACAACACUCCUGCUGAGGUCGGCCAGCCAAUGCAUGUCUGCUAUGAGAGGGUGGCAGUCUGGAUCUGAGUGUUUGAAAGCAGACAGAGAGAGAGGCGGUGUAUUUCUUCUCCUCUUUGUCCCUCCUCUCCUCCACCAUAGUACUCCUCCUCACGCCGCGGUUGGUCUCUUCUCGCACCCCGAACAGGAUGACUCACAACAACCUUCACUUUACCCUCACCUUCAUUUAACCCAGCCGGUGUGUACCCACACACACACUUGCCCCAUUUCUACACCCAUUCCCCGCUGAAGCGGCGGCAGCGUGAUGCCCGACACGGCGACGGCCGCUGCUGCAUCACCGGCGAGCAGCAGCAGCGACAGCGAGAGCUCGCGGCACAGACACCGGGCGCAGGGAGACCCGGAGCGGCCAGAGCAGCAGCAGCACAGCGCUGAUCCUCAGCCUACAUCAGCUGGCAUUUUGGAUAAAUUAUUCGGGAAGCGGCUGCUGCAGGCUGGGAGACACAUCAUGUCCCAUAAAUCCUGGAUGAAGACGGUGCCCACAGAGAACUGUGAUGUCCUUAUGACGUUUCCAGACACCACAGAUGACCACACGCUGCUCUGGCUUCUGAACCACAUACGGCUCGGCAUCCCAGAGCUCAUUAUUCAGAUCCGACAUCACAAACACACCAGAAUGUACGCCUUCUUCGUCACGGCCACAUACGAAAAUCUUUUACGAGGGGCUGAAGAGAUGGGGCUGAAGAGAUCUGUGAAGCUGGAGUUUGGUGGCGGCUCUCGCAGUUUCUCCUGUGAGGAAGAUUACAUCUAUGAGAACAUUGAGAGUGAACUCUGUUUCUUCACCUCACAGGAACGUCAAAGUAUAAUCAAAUACUGGCUGGACAAUCUCAGAGCUAAACACGGGGAGGCCCUUCACAACAUCCACUUCCUGGAAGGGCAGCCAAUCAUUCCUGAGCUGAGGGCACGAGGUGUGAUCCAGCAAGUCUUCCCGCUUCAUGAGCAGAGGAUUCUGGGACAGCUGAUGAAGUCAUGGGUGCAGGCCUUGUGUGAAAAACAGCCACUGGAUGAUAUUUGUGAUUAUUUUGGAGUGAAGACUGCCAUGUACUUCGCCUGGCUGGGGUUCUACACCACUUCCAUGUUGUAUCCAGCCGUCAUUGGCUUUGUAUUGUGGAUGCUCACAGAAUCAGAUCAGACCAGCAGGGAUAUCUGUUGUGUGGUGUUUGCUCUCUUUAAUGUGGUGUGGGCCACGUUGUUCUUGGAGCACUGGAAACGCAGAGGGGCAGAGCUCGCCUAUAAGUGGGGUACACUGGACACCCCAGCUGAGUCACUGGAGGAGCCCAGACCCCAGUUCAGGGGUGUAAAGCGGUGCAGCCCAGUGACGGGCUGUGAAGAGUUUUAUUACCCACCGUGGAGGAGGAGGGUGUUCAGAUGGCUGGUCAGCUUUCCUGUCUGUAUAUUAUGCCUUUGCUUUGUAUUUCUGGCCAUGCUUGUCUGCUUUGAGCUUCAGGAAUUUGUGAUGGGGAUUAAGGAGCUUCCACGUGUAGCAAGAUUCAUCCCUAAAAUCAUGUUGGCCAUCACUGUGACGGCGUGCGAUGAGGUGUACAGAAAGAUCGCCUGCUGGCUAAAUGACAUGGAAAACUACAGACUCCAGAGUGCCUAUGAGAAAAAUCUCAUCAUCAAAAUGGUUCUUUUUCAGUUUGUAAAUUCUUAUCUCAGCCUUUUCUAUAUUGGAUUCUACCUCAAAGACAUGGAGCGUCUGAAAGAGAUGCUGGCCACACUGCUGAUAAUCCGGCAGUUUGUGCAGAACAUGAAGGAAGUCCUGCAGCCCUACCUGGCUGAGCGGCACCGACUGGGUGAGCUCACGCUGAGGGCCAUUUGGGAGCUGCUGGUGUCUGCGCUGCUCAAGUACGGGCGGCUUGCAGCAGGACGAGCACAAGUGUGGCCCAGUGAUCCCACCGUGCUCGGGACAGGCCUGCGCGGGUCACAGAUGGGUGAGGAGAGACGGGAACCCAAGUGUCUGAACGGUGGCUGCGGCGUCCCAGAUGAGGAUGUGGACGAGGAGCCUGGCGAGAGGCACAGUGAAGAAGAUAACGAAUCGGAGAGCCUCAUCGACUGCGGCCUGAAGCUACGGAAGGUCAGUUUCAUUAAGAAGGUGGAGCGUAAGUCUGCAAGUACCGUCAGCCCGGUGCAUGACAGCUUCCUGGAGGAGGGGAGCCCCACCAUGGUGGAGAGGGACAUGGAUCCCACCUCAGUUUUCGAGAUGUGUGAUGAUGAUGAUGAUGAUGAAAACGGGGUUGCGGAGCUGACAGCCGAGCCGCUGCCAGCGGGAGUGGACAACAACACGUCAGUCAGACUCAGGAAGAGGGGGCGGAGCUUAGAGAGGGCUGACAGUAAGACCAAGAGAGAUUCGUGGAUGGAUCCUCCUGAGGAGCAAGAAACCAGCACCACGUUAACACAGGCCGAGAUGGAGAGCUGCAUGCAGACAUACCAGGACACUUUCCAGGACUACCAGGAGAUGUUUGUUCAGUUUGGAUAUGUGGUGCUCUUUUCCUCUGCCUUUCCACUGGCCGCCAUGUGUGCCCUCAUUAACAAUAUCAUUGAGAUCCGGAGCGACGCGUUUAAACUGUGCACCAGCGCACAGAGACCGUUCAGCCUGAGGGUGCAGAGCAUCGGGCAAUGGCAGACAGUGAUGGAAGCCAUGGGUCUGAUUGCCAUCAUAGUGAACUGCUAUCUGAUUGGUCAGUGUGGGCAGCUACAAAGACUGUUUCCCUGGCUCAGUCCUGAGAUGGCCAUCAUCUCCAUCGUCAUCCUAGAGCACUUUGCAGUACUACUGAAGUAUAUAAUUCAUAUGGCAAUACCAGACAUCCCCAACUGGGUUGGAGAGGAAAUGGCCAAGCUGGAAUUUCAGCGCAAAGAGGCGUUUAAGAAGCAUGAGCGUCAGGCACAGCAGCAUUUCCAGGAGCAGCAAAGGAGGAAGCGUGAGGAGGAGGAGCGGCAGCGCCAGGCAGAUUAUCAGGCCCGGCGUGAUCGAGACGACGGCCGCUCGGACUCCUCGGGUGGAGACCACCACCACGACAAGAGCCACAGUGGCAAAUCCAGACCAGGGGGUGGUGGGGAAAAACCCAAACGUCCCAGCUCACUUCUUGGAAACAAUAAUGUCAUGAAACUGAAGCAGAUCAUCCCUCUGCAGAACAAGUUUUCUUCUGGCACAGCUCGUUCCCCGCAGUCACCCACGGGUAACGAACCCAAGCUACCGGGUUUCCUCAGUUUUAAGUUCCUAAAGUCACCUGAGAACAAAAAGGAGGCAGCGGCGGCUUCGGCCAGUGUGUCGACAGCUCCUCCAGUCCAGGAGAGGGCAGAAAGGUCCCAAUCACCUAACAAGUCCUUCAAUCCUGGGAAACUGUUUAACUUUGGGAAAUCAGAAGGAGGGGCAUGUGUAAAUGGGGCUCAGUCUUCAAAACCAGGGGAUGGAGGACAGUUGCAGGACAAGCCCCCAACAAAGUCCGACCUCAAUGGGGUCCCUGACGAAAUCCCAUCCCCUUGUGGAGAGAAUGGGGAUAAUGGAUUCUCAUCCCAUGCUGAUCCAUCAGGCCCUAAGAUGUAACAAGAAAAUGAUUUAAAAAACAGUGUGAGAAACUACUUAGUAACACUGAGGGCAGGAGAGUAGGAAUGUUUUUGAGGCUGUGCACGACUUGACCUGGAAGCUGUUUAGUAAAAUAAUGGGGAAUUCACUAAAAGCCCGGGUGUACUUAAUUUUCCAACAGACAAUUUCUUUUCACAAAUGAGCUGACGUCUAUUUUUGGAGUAAUAAAAUCGCUUGCACAUGCACUGUUGUACACACACAAGUCCAAAAAUUGGGCUGCAAGCAGACGGUGUGCAUGGCUAAUAAUGAAAAUUGCGUCAUGUGGACUGUUCUCAAGCCAGAGCAGAACACGGACUAGAGAAGUUUAUUCUUGGCUUUAGAAUACACUGGGUCCACAGAUUAACGUUGUGUAUUUUGCACGUGUUGCGUGCUUUGUUUUAGCAUCCAGUUCACUGAAGUGAGCGUAUCAGGUAAUAGUCAGUACUAGAGGUCGACUGAUAAUGGAUUUUAAAGAUAACUAUUUAGGUUGGACCACACUGGCCGAUAACCACCCACUAGUUUUUAAAAUGGACACUGAAGGAAAAAAACCAUAACACUCCAGCCUGAUCUCACAGCAAUUUGUACAUGUUUUACAAUGUGGCUAAUUCAUACAAAAUCAUAU